CAGUUUAGUCAUUUUGCUACUAUUUCCUAUCUCUAUCCACUUCAUUGACACAUCCCUCCCUCUCUCUCUCUCUCGGAUUUCUCUAACCAAACCAGAGCGUGCGUCACCGACUCCCUCCAUAGCUUUCAAGUUCCAACCAUCAGAAGCACUUAACCAUCACAAAGUGCUUCUAAUCCAAAAGCACUCAAUAUAUUCCUAUACUCUCUGCUUUGUUCCUAUCUUCCUGUAUCAUAAUUCAGUCGUAGAAUUUUGCUUCCAUUGCUCUUUGGUCUCGCUAUCAAUCACUCUUUCAAGUGCUUAUUUAAGUCGUUUAAUCCCAAAUUCAAAAACCCAAGUUCGGAAACUGCCUGAUAAUCUCUAUUUGUUUUCUUUUUCUUUUGAAGCAAUUCCGAGCCGCGUAUUUGCUAUGAAGGGCUUGGUGGGAAUUGGGAUUUUGCAGACGUGAUGGAGUGUUGAGUGUAAAAGGUAUUUCACAAAUGGAGUCUGAAAAUGGGCUUACAUUUGAGGAUGAGAGUUGUGUUAUUGAGGAAAAACAUGUAGAUGUAUCAGUACCGGAUUUGAGCAAACAGGGCAAGAAUGCAGAUGGUAAUAUAGAAGUUCCUGCGGUGAACGGAAUAUCUGAACCUGUGACAAAAGAUGAAGGCAUUAACUCUUCUGAAGUUGUAGUCACAGCCACUGCGACUGUUCAGCCUGGUAAAAAUUCAAAAACUAGAAAGAAUCUUCAUGCUCCGAACAAUGGUUUUUCAAAGAGCAAACUGGCCAAGGAUAAACCUAUUGUGAAAGACGCAACUCCAUUCCCUCGUAAGGAGAGGGCAACACUUUCUCAGAGUCAGUCUUUCCCAGCAAAAGGAUCUCGUACAGAUCCUAUGAAAAACAGCAUUGAUGUGUACCCAGUGAAAACAGAAGUUAAACGCGCUCGAGGAAAAGCAACUAAAGUUGAGGCUCCCAUUUCAGUUUCUCGUCUGAAUAAUCCAACUAGGCGUGCCUCCACAGGAGUUCAUUCAAAGGAUGGGAACAAAACUGGUGGAGCUGCCAUUAAGAGGACUUCUUUAGCAUCAAUACCCAGCAUUAGAUCCUCUCCAUCUGGCAAGUCUGGUUCUGUGGAUACAUCCGCCAAUAGCCCAUCUAAUGUGAUCCAAUCAGUUGAUCAAAGUUUAAAUGCUGUAAAAACAACUCUGCCAAUCAAAGAGGACGAUGAUGCUCACUCCGUUGCUUCUACUACACCUAAUGGGCGGAGGAUCAGCGCUUCUGGAUUUUCCUUCAGGUUGGAAGAACGUGCUGAAAAACGGAAGGAGUUUUUUACAAAGCUAGAAGAGAAGAUACAGGCUAAGGAAGAAGAAAAAACUAACUCGCAAGCAAAAUCAAAGGAGAGUCAGGAAGCAGAGAUCAAGCGACUAAGGAAGAGCCUGAUGUUUAAGGCGGCGCCCAUGCCAAGUUUCUAUAAAGAGCCUCCUCCGAAAGUUGAACUCAAGAAGAUUCCUACCACACGUCCAAAAUCUCCGAAGCUUGGAAGGAACAAGAGCUCCAUUUCUUCACUAAACAAUUCUUCAGAAGUUGCUGGGGUGUCUCUUAGCCCACGUCUGAAUCGAGAACUGAAUAAUUCAAAGAAAGGAUUAAAGACUAAAAGCGAAAAGGACGUCAUAGAUCCAAAGAAGCCUAUUAAAAAGUCUCAAACUAGGCUUCAUUCUCAGGAAACUGCUGCUACCAAAACCGAAGCAACGGGUACCGAAGAAGAAACACACGACCAGAAAGCGCGCACUGGAAAAACUGCAGAAGCUCAGGGCCAAUCAGGGCAUCUUCCCGAAUUCAAAGAUGAGAUAGAGCCUGCAGUGAGUGUUGGCCAGAUCGAAGAACCAGUCCUCGGUGCACCUAUCCCCGAGAUCAUGCCCCAUGAAGUUUCAGUUGGAGUUUAACGACGUACUUGUGAUGCCGAUGGAUUGUGUUCAUAUAGUCUUCAAAGGUUUAAGUUGCAUAUUGCUGUGAAUAUGGAACCAUUGUGGGAAUACUCAUGAAAGUCGUGUAUUGAUAUCCUUAAAGGUCAAAUGUAAUUUGUUUGUUCUUUCAGUCAUCAAAUUACUGUGGAAGUUUGAAGACAAUAGUGUUGUCUUCAGUGAUCUAUGGAUUAUGAGUCUUUCAUGUAUAAUUGAUGAUUUCUUUUUCUCCCUACAUAUCAAAAAGCUAGGAACUUGGAGAGA